AAUACAGCUAAAGUAGUUAACAAACAAAAAAAGUGUUGGAAUGCGGCAAUAUUCCACGCGUUCAUUCGCAAUGAUGAUGAACAUCUCUAUUGCUUGCUUCCAUUUAAAAACUCGACGUUUUAAAUGGAUGGAUGGAUGGAUGAAUAGAUAGAUAGAUAGAUGUGAAUAUAAAAAAAAGGAUGGGCACACCCAAAUCUAGCUUCUUUUUGACUCUUCUCUUUUUCUUCUGUCAUGUUUGCAAAUAUGUUUCUUCAAGGUUUCAUUUUCAAAAACAAUUCACAAAAACUUAUACAGAGUGAAACAACAAAACGCAACAACACACAUUAUUUUAUUUCUUUCCCCAUUUUUAUCAACCCCCACAAACACAACUCUCUCUCUACAAAUUCAUUUUCCAUUCAUUGCACAAAUCGUCACAUAAAUCUAUAUAAUAUUCACGAAAAUCUUAUGCUUGUUGAUGAUGGAAAUGCAACAUUCAACUACUGACAUGGUUAUGUUUUUCUUUUCUUCCUAAAAAUAGCGUCGUCUUUUUUACUUUUGGCUUUCGUAUGUCUGGAUGUUCUGCAAAAGAGGAACACGAACAUUAGAACAAGAAAGGAAAAUCUUUAUAGCUAUUUCGAUGUCCGUUCAUUCAUUCACAAUCAAAAUCACAAUCAUCAACAGCAUUCAUUAACAUCUUUGAACGAAUUAUUCGACCAUUUGAUUUUUGUUUGUUUGUUUGUUUAAUUUUCAGAUAACCAUUAAAAGAAUUGAUUAAUUUUUUUUUCAUUAAAUUCUUUUUGACCAUAAAUUAAUACAUUAAUAAAUACCAAAAUGCCAACUGCCACCGUUCAAGUACGACAAACGACGACCACAACAACAGCCCGUUCCUCGGUGAUCGUCAUCAAUACGGGUUAUCUUUCAUCAAAAUUGGGCCUAUUGAAAUUUCUCAUCAUGAUCUUCUCAUUGAUCGCUUUCAUCAUGGCCUUGAUGCAUUUCGAUAAUUAUAAUCGUGAAGUUAACAUAGAUUCUGAUCGAUUCCUUUUGUUGGUCAGCUUUGCCGAUUGGGUUACGGUUACAUUGAUGUUGAUCGCUGCAUUACUUUCAUUGGGUAGUGCUACAAUUUUACCCAAAGCAAGCUUUGAUUUCAUUUUUCAUUUCAUAUUGGGAAUCCUUAUGUUAAUUGCUGGCCUUUGGGCCGCUGCUACUGCCUUUGCUGAUCCACAACGUAACACUUAUAUACAAGCUGCUUCCGUUUGUGCUGCCAUUUGUGGAAUCAUUCAGAUCGUUCAUGGAAUUUUCUCCUAUCGUCUUUGCAUUACAAAUUAACACAACCACUUAUAAACACUACUACCAUCAUCAUUGAAACUUUCAUAAACUUAAUAUAUAUUAACUUUGAAAAGAAAAAAAAAUUCUAAAUCCUUUCUCACUCCUCACUUCAUUGCUUUCACAUCUACUUAUAUAUUAUACAUAUUGCACUGAAAUUGUAAGCUUUGUGGCCAAAUUCAUUACAUUGAAUUUGUGUUCAAUAUUCAUUCAUACAUUUAAUAGAGAGAAAAAAGUAUUAUAUUUGAUCAUGA